AUGUAUCCAAAGACUUUUCACAAGGGCAAAUAUUUUAUAUCUUUCAAACGAGGCUUUGAAGAGAGCAAAAAGAACCUAACUAUAACAGUUGACAAAUUGUUCCAAAGCGAUACCUUGCGAUUAACUUUAUCUGAUGACGACGACCCUACAUUUUUAUGCAGGAUAAAUUUGACCCGUUGUGACUAUGAAGACUUAAAGAAACAGCAAGGACUUCUUAUUGAUUUUGAUAAUUUUCCAUCUCAAGUUGUAAGAUUAUUGCAACAAUGUGCUGCAAAUAAUAUGUUUCUUAUUAUUCAUCAAAUUACUUCUAUUGAGUAUAACUUUGAAGUAGUAGAGCAUAAUGAAUUUAGACGUCUAGUUCAUUUAUGUCUAAAAACAGGACCUGCAAGUGAUAAUGAUAUUAAACAGCAUAUGACAGAAACUAUUGGAGAAUUAAAGAAGUCAUUAGCAGCUCUUAAAAACUCUGCUUCAAAUAGUGAACUUAUGUGGAAUGAAAAGCUGCUGAAAAUGGAGGCAAAAAUUCAUGAUUUGACUAUGACUGUUUCUAAAAUGGAAGAAGAUAAAUUAAGAAUUGAAAAAGAAUUUCAAGAAGCUUUAAAAUUAGAACAUGAUCGGUAUGCACAGGAAAGGUUACAGUGGCAAAGAAAUUCAGAAAGUCAUACAAAUAACUUACUAAGUUCAUCACAAGAAAAUUUAAAUAGAAAAGAAAAACAAAUUGAAGAAUUGAAUUACCUAAAUAAACAGUUACAUGAAAAAAUUAAUCAACUAGAACAUCAAAUAAGUGACAAAGUGCAAAGGUUGAAUUUAUUGGAAAAUGAAGUCCAAAAAACACAUAUUGAAGUAGCAACAUUGAAAGCUAAGAAUGCAACUUUAGAUAGAGAAAUUAUAGAUAAAGAAAAACAAAUUAAUCAAUUAAACUCUAAAUGUACAUACUUAGAAAAAUCAUUAAAAGAUAAUACUGAUGUCAUCAAAGAAAUGAAUGAAAACAUACAAACAUUAAAAAUGGAAAAGAGUAACCUGGAAAGACGUCUGACUAUAAGUGAAUCUUUAGCAAAUAAAAAUAAUGAAGCAGCUCACACAACUACAGAACAGUUAUUAAAAGCCAACCAGAUAAUAUCUAAGCAAAAUAGUGAUAUUAUUGAAAUGAAAGACAAGCUUUUAUGUAGAACAGCUAUUGCAUUAGAACAAGAAAAGGUAAUUGAAAGCAAUACGAAGGAAAUACAAGAUUUAAAAUCAGAAGUGAAUUCCACAAAAGAUAUUUUAGACAAACUUAAAAAAGAACUUGAUAUGCUAAAGGAAAAAUAUGAACUUAAUGAACAAGCGCUGAAAGAUAAAGAUGAAACAAUUAAAAACAACAAUAUGGUCAUACAAUUCCUUCACAAGAAGAUCGAAGAAACUGGCACAACAGCCUAUGCUCAAAAUAGAUGUAAAACAAAUCUUCAGUCAGCAACAAGUUCAACACCUUUCCUUCCAAUGAAAACAAUACAAAAUAACUCCGAAGAUUCUGAUUGCUCUGUACAUUUUUAUUCAACAUCCAAAUUGUCUAACUUAGAAGACAGCCCGCAGCCUUCAACACAAAACAAAAUAGGAUUAGACCCAAAGUAUUUGAAGCCAGCAGCAGACGAAAAAGUAAUUACAGAAAAAGGUUUUUCAAGGCCUUCAUCAAAUCCCGCCAGCAAAAAGGGAAAGGAGAAUAAAGGUUUUGAACUACCAAAAGUUGACUAUAGAGAAAAGAAAUCUUCAAGACCUACGACAUAUCGCGCUACACCAGUCUCAGCGUAUUUCCCA